AUGGCAUACGUUCACAUCGGGUUAGAAGUCCGUUUCAAUAUUAAUUUCGAUGGCAAUUUGACGAGACCAUGCGGGUGUAACCGGUGCAUCGUGGAGCUGAAUGAGGACCCGUGGUUUGCUGAGCAUUUUAGAAGCUCUGUGCCCAUAAUGCUGAACAGAAAAAGCUACAAUCUCAGUGGUGCAACCAAAAGGUGGUGGACGAGGCUACACCGACAAAAUGGACGAAGCAACAGAAACUAUGAUGCAGUUAAGGAUUCCCUGUUCUCCCUGUUCCCUGAUAAAGAAUACUACAACGACUCCAGUCAUGACCGCUGCAGAACCUGCGCUGUUGUGGGAAACUCAGCCAACCUUAUUGGAUCUCUGUAUGGUCCUCUAAUAGAUGCACAUGACUUAGUUAUCAGGAUGAAUCAGGGUCCCACUAAAGGCUUCGAGCAUGACGUCGGGACACGCACCACGCACCGAGCCAUGUACCCUGUGAGUGCCAUGGACAUGGGCAACUCCACCCAUAUGGUGCUGCUGCCUUUUAGUUGUAGAGACCUGGAAUGGCUCAAAAGUGUCUUUACGACGAAGCACAUUAACCGCACACAUACAGCAGUAAAAUCAUCAAUACAAGCCAAUAAAGACAAGGUGAUGAUCCUGAACCCUGGGUUCAUGCAAUAUGUCCAUGGCUAUUGGUUGAAGGGAAAGGGUAAAUUCCCAUCUACUGGCUUCAUCAUGCUCAUAUUCUCUCUACACAUCUGUGAUCAGGUGAACGUUUUUGGAUUUGGGGCUGACCAAAAAGGAAGAUGGCUCCAUUACUUUGACAACACACAUCGUGCAAAACCCAAUGCUGGCAACCACAGAGGAAGCAUCGAACACAACAUCCUGCUGGAACUUCACAAGAAAAAGAAGAUUACAGUGUUUAAAGGAUGGUAA